AUGAUGCUAAAUUUUAGUAAAAACAAAUAUAAGAGUGAUUCAUUACUGAAAAUCAAGCUUCAUAAGGAUGCGAAUUCACAAACGAUCAACGUCGAGCAAGUAACUCAUUCACAAGAAACAACAGAAACAUUAACUACCGAUAAUAAAUCUCAUAUUCGAACAAAAUCCAUCGGAUUAAUAUUCGGUUUCUCAAUAAAAUCAAAAAUAUCAAAACAUUUUCAUCCAACGUUUCAAAAAGCCGUCAGGGCAACGAAAGAAAAGAAAUAUCAAGAAGCAACUGAAUAUUGGACAGAAUUACUACAGAAAUAUCCAGAAAGUUAUUCUGUAAGAUGUGAACGUGCAAAUGCCAAUUUUAACCAAAGUGAAUAUGGAAAAGCAUUACAAGAUUUGAACCUUGCAAUAAAACAAAAACCAUCGAAAGUAAAAGGAUAUUAUAUUAGACUUGAAGUAAAUAAAGCUUUGAAGAGAUAUGAUGAUGCGUUAUCAGAUAUAAAUUUUGUAUUAUACAUUAAUUCUAAAGAUAAAGAUGCUGAAUUUGCUCGGAUCCAAGUUCUUAUUCGUUUAAAAAGGCAAGCUUUAUAUGAAGAUGCUUUAAAAAGUUUAACUUCUGGAUUACAAUCAAAUCCAAAUGACGUAAAAUUAUUAUCUAAUCGAGGAAACGUAUAUCGUGCUCUACACCAAUAUGAUAAUGCGUUAACUGAUUUUAAUCAUGCUUUGAAACUUUAUCCAAAAAAUGUAAUUGCUUUAUUGAUAAUAAUAUCACAAAUACAUCAACUUCGCGGAUCAGCUCUUGAAGAAUUAGGUCAUCAACAAGAAGCUAAAUUAGCUUUGGCAAAUAUAAUGAAAUUACAACCAACUAAUAUUAAAGUUAUACAUCAACAUGCGAAUUUAUGUGAAUCACUAUCUUUAUAUUCUGAUUCAUUAUCUGAUUGGAAUAAAUUAUACAAUUUAUUAGAUCCUGAAUCUAAUUCUGAAUUUGAUAGAAAAGCUAUUAAAGCUGUUCUUUUAAAUCGAGGAAGAAUUCUAUUAAAACUUUGUAGAUAUGAAGAUGCAUUAUCCGAUUUUAAUCAAGGAUUAAAAUUAUUUCCACAAAAUGUUAGUUUAUUAUGUUAUAGAGCAGAAAUUUAUCAACAACUUGGUAGAUAUGAUGAAGCAUUAAAUGAUUUAAAUGAUAGUAUAGAUCAACCAAAAAAUACUUGUCAAUUUUAUGUUACUCGAGCUGGAAUUUAUAAAUCAUUAGAAAAAUAUCCUGAAGCUUAUAAAGAUUUAAAAAUGGUUUUAGAAUCAAAAUUUGAUCUUACGUCAGAAAUUUCAUAUAAUUCUUAUACACUCGGAUUAUGUUAUAGGGGUUCAAUUUAUCGAAUAUAUAAAAAAUAUGAUAAAGCUUUGGUUGAUCUGAAUCGAGUUAUUCAAAAAGAUCCGAAUAAUGCUUUAGCAUUGUGUGAACGAAGUGUUGUUUACAGAGAAAAAGGACAAUUUGAUGAUGCUUGGAAAGAUAUAGAAAAAAUGUUGCUAUGUUGUUAG